CAGGCUCAGAGCCUCAAGCCCAGAGGAGGUGGCUACAUUGUAUCUAUUGUAUCCCUUGCUGGUGCAUUUAUAAGAUUCUCCCGGACGGGAAAUUGAGAGUGAAAAGCAUGGCAGAUGAACAAGAAAUCAUGUGCAAAUUGGAAAGCAUUAAAGAGAUCAGGAAUAAGACCCUGCAAAUGGAGAAGAUAAAGGCGCGUUUGAAGGCUGAAUUUGAAGCACUUGAGUCAGAAGAGAGGCACCUGAAGGAAUAUAAGCAAGAGAUGGAUUUACUGCUACAGGAGAAGAUGGCCCAUGUGGAGGAACUUCGACUGAUCCAUGCUGACAUCAAUGUGAUGGAAAACACCAUCAAACAAUCUGAGAAUGACCUAAACAAACUUCUAGAGUCUACCCGGCGACUACAUGAUGAGUAUAAGCCACUGAAAGAACAUGUAGAUGCCCUGCGCAUGACUCUGGGCCUGCAGCGGCUUCCUGACUUGUGUGAAGAAGAAGAGAAGCUCUCCUUGGAUUAUUUUGAGAAGCAGAAAGCAGAAUGGCAGACAGAGCCUCAAGAGCCCCCAAUCCCUGAGUCUCUGGCUGCUGCAGCUGCUGCUGCCCAGCAACUCCAAGUGGCCCGGAAGCAGGACACCCGGCAGACAGCCACCUUUAGGCAACAGCCUCCGCCUAUGAAGGCUUGUUUGUCCUGUCACCAGCAAAUUCACCGGAAUGCACCUAUAUGUCCUCUUUGCAAAGCCAAGAGUCGGUCUAGGAACCCCAAAAAGCCCAAACGGAAGCAGGAUGAAUGAAGAGGAGAACGUGUAGACUUCUGCUGAUCAUAAGCCCUCCGCUUGGCCAGAGUGAUUGAUGUCCUGAUGUAAAAAAUCCUUCCCCUCUUUCACCAAGUCUCCUAUUUAAUGUGAUAGAAGCACAACACCCUUUCCCCCAACUUGCUCUUCAGUUUUUUCUACUCUUGGGGUUUCUAGUUUAAGAAGAAAUGAGAUUCAGGUGCUAAUGACUGUCUCUGAUGAAAAGGCCUUCUCUCCCAUUCUCAUUUCAAUCUGCCCUUGUUUGUAGUU